CACAAUUGGUGUCUGUGAUGCUGCGCUUGGGCCGCACCAUCACGCGUCUGCGGAGCAGCCUGUGCGCUAGGCAGGCCCACCUCUCCACGGCUGCUAAACCCUCUCAGACCUUUGUGACCACACCAAUUUUCUAUGUGAACGCAUCGCCUCAUAUUGGCCAUGUGCACUCGGCAGUGCUGGCAGAUGCGCUAUCUCGCUGGCACAAAGUCAAGGGCAGCGAUGUCUUGUUCACUACGGGCACAGACGAGCACGGCCUCAAGGUGCAAGAAGCGGCAGAGAAGAGCGGUACGACGGACUAUAAAGCCUUCUGUGAUGAGGUGUCCUCCCGCUUUAAUGAGAUUUUCCAAGUGGCCAAUGUGGACUACUCGCGCUUUAUCCGCACAAGCGACGAGGACCACCACGAGGCUGUAAACGCAUUUUGGAGGACCAUUCGCGACAAUGGCUACAUUUACUUGGGUGACCACGAGUCCUGGUACUGCAAGUCGGACGAGAGUUUCCUGACCGAGAUGCAGGUGGAGGACAAGGAGGAUGCUCACGGAAACGUGGUAAAAGUGUCCAAGGAAAGUGGACACCCCGUUGAGAUGUUACGUGAAGAGAACUACAAAUUUAGACUCUCCGCCUUUCAGGACCGAUUACUCGAGUGGCUGGAUGCCAACCCUGACGUGAUUGUACCUAAAUCGAGGUAUAACGAAGUGCGUGCGGCGGUGGCUGGAGGACUGAGGGACUUGUCGGUGUCACGGCUGAGUGAGAAGAUCAAAUGGGCCAUCCCAGUGCCAGAUGACGACAAGCACUGUGUAUACGUGUGGUUAGAUGCGUUGACGAAUUAUCUGACGAGUGCUGGAUACCCUGGCGCCAUUGACCACGCCUGGCCAGCUGCGUAUCACAUUGUGGGUAAGGAUAUUCUCAAGUUCCACGCCAUUUACUGGCCAGCCUUCCUUAUGGCCGCAGGGCUUCCGCUUCCGAAAAGAGUGGUGGCUCAUGCGCAUUGGACGGUUGGGAACGUCAAAAUGUCCAAGAGUUUGGGGAACGUUGUGGACCCCCACGAACUGCUGUCCAAGUACGGAUCGGACUUCGUACGCUUCUUCCUGUUGCGUGAGGGUGUACUGACGAACGACGGGGAUUUUAACGCUGAAGCACUCGAAGACCGAGCAAAUAGUGAACUCGCUGACACGUUCGGUAACCUAGUCUCUCGAUGCACGGGCAAGGCGGUACUUGUGAAGGGUAUUGUACCCAAACGUCCGGAGUUUGAUCGUCUCACGGCCGAAGACAAGACACUCGUUGCUAAGGGACAAGCACUUGCCGACAAGGUAGAACAGCUGUUUGACACGCCUGAUUUCGCACGCGGCUUGAAAGAGAUUGUGUUCUUCCUCCACGAUGUUAACCGGUAUUUCACGAUCAUGGAGCCGUGA